AGAAAUACAGGCACCGAUUGCAAGAUGAUUCAUUAGUUCAAUUCAACACACUGAACCAUGAACUCUCUAUCACUCUUUGCCUUCCUCUGCGUAAUUUCGGCGCACUCCAUCACCAUCUCUGCGAACUUCGCUGCGUAUCCUCCCAUCCCCGGCGUGAACGCCAAAGAAGGGUGCCCCCUCCGAGGCGGGGGCGGCGACGCUCUGACUCCUCUGCGGCGAGAAGUGUAUGACAAUGGGAAAAUCUUCGACAUCAGCCACAGGUACGCGCCUGAGUUGCCGGUUUGGGAAUCGUCGGAGGGGCUCGGGCAAGACUUUCUGUGGCUUACAACUAGCAUUAAGAAUGGGUCGCGCGCUAACAACUCCGAAUUCAAGCUCGGUGCUCACACCGGCACUCAUGUGGACGCGCCCGGUCACUUUUACGACAAUUACUAUGACGCCGGCUUUGAUGUUGACUCGCUCGACCUAAAACUUCUCAACGGUCUUGCACUUUUGGUUGAUACUCCACGGGAUAAAAACAUAACGGCUGAGGUUAUGAAGUCCUUGAAUAUCCCUAAAGGUGUGCGUCGUGUGCUUUUCAGAACUUCAAAUACCGACAGGCGACUCAUGUUUAAGAAAGAAUUUGAUACAAGCUAUGUGGGAUUCAAGGAGGAUGGUGCAAAAUGGCUAAUACAGAACACUGACAUCAAACUUGUAGGUGAGAUAUUGAUGAAUUCUUAAGAUUUAGGCUACUUAUUUCCUGCCUAAAGCAUUUCCUCUGACUCUUGCUCCACUCAUGACUGGUCCCAAGUCUGCAUUUUUAUUUUCCUCUUAUAAAUCAAUAUUCUAAUUGCUUCUAAUAAAGUGGAGUCAUUUAGUUAUAUAGGUUUCCUUGUCACAUUUUUUAACUUACUUUUUGUUCUAGUCAUUUCAUUUGUCUGGACUAUAUCUUACUUUUUGUCAACUCAGAUAACGUCCUUUUUAAGCAUACAUUUUAUCUUUUUACUGUCUUUACGAGUGCAUGGUAGUUAUUAGUAUUUAUUUGCAAUUUAGGAAUGAAUCAAGAUGAGUUGAUGUCACUCUAUUCCAUUCUUUGUGGUUAUGAAUUAAUAAAUAGCUGAAGACGCCCAAGGUUCAAAGUGCAUGUGAUUAUUUUGUAUUUGUCAUCACUCACUUCUUUAAAUUUCACAUGUGAACUUUUUAUUCGAUCAGGUUUUUUCAUGAGACCAAUCUAUUAUAAAUUCAUUGCGCUUAAUUGGUUAGUUCAGCUGUCAGUUGUACUUGUAUUCCUCAUAUCAAGCUAGUGACAGAAAACAUUAUUUGUUGUGGUAUCAUCACUUUGUCCAUAACUUGGCCAACAAAGAGCCCUUUUUUUCAUAGAGAAGUUAUUUCUUUCUGAUCUAUUCAACUUGUGAAUUACCUUGAACUGUAUUAUUCAUUGAGGUUACAUUAUGUACAUAACCGGUUUUUGUCCUAAUGAACUAAAAUUGGAUCUGGUUGGUUUGAGAAAACAUUUUCUGUUUUCAUUUUUAGAAGACGCCACCUUAUUUUUCACUGUAUUCAUAUUUACAAAAGUUAUAUCAAAACCAGUGAAAACAACUUAUUUUAUUUAUAUUUUCUGUUUUCGUAUUCCUAUACAGACUGACCAGUAAAAAAAAAUAAAAAUUACGGUUAAAUUUGAUAAUGACAGCACA